UCGCGAGUGACCAUCAUGUCGUGGUGGGUGUGGUGCGCCGCCGCCGCGCUCUGCGCCUGCGCGGUCGCUGAAGAGAAGCGCGCUGAAAUGUCCCCCCUUCCCUUCGUACUGGGGUCCCGCUACGGCCGCUCCCCGAGCCCGGCGGCCACGCAGCGUCUCCUCGCUCCGAGAAAUGACAGGUUCUUCAUGGGCAGCCGCUACGGCAAGCGCUCGGAGCCGGACCCUGCAGGGCCGGGCACGACACGUGUGCGUCCGCUGUUCUGCGAGUACACGGGGGUGCCGCAACUGUACCGCUGCGAGCGAGCGCCGCCUCUAGACACGAGGAGAGGCUCUGACGAGGGCGUAGAAGACUAA